AAAAUGGAUUAGACUGCAGAGGCGACAAAGUUAUGCAAGCGUAUUGUCUUGCCACCGCGGGACGACAAGUGCGGUGUUUGACUUGCAAUGGACAUAAUCUUGUCAACCUGGGAGAAACUUCUGUUUGAAUAUCUGUCUGCGUGCCUGCCAUGAUAAUCUGUUGAAAUGCUCAGCCCACCGCAAAGCGCCGGAAAACCGGCUGAUGUCAUUUGUCUCUGCGUUGGAGGACGCUUGUUCGUGACUCGUCGAGCAACUCUUUAUCGACUUCCGGACAGUCGAUUGUACUUGAUUGCCACACAAGGAUCCAGCUGCCCAUCACCGACUAACUACGGCUCUUUCAGCAGUUACGCCAAAUCCUGCUCGCCAUCCCCAAACCCGUUUCAGAAUACGUACUCUACUGAACGGGCAGUGGUUGGAGGGGCAACACUACUGCCUGAAAAUAUUUCCGUAAUGCUCGCGGGAAAUAUGAACCUGAAAUCGGCCUCCACCCUUUGUCGAAAUCGUGCCUCUGUUGUCCCUGGACUUUCUCUACAACCUCCAAGUCCUUCGGGGAAGGAUUGCAAUUGCUCAACAACUUUGUCUACACCUGGUACUCCUCAAUUGCUAGGUUCCACGGCAACAAUUGCAAACUAUGCUCCGCCUGUUCCUCCGAUAGUGUAUUUUUACGACAGAGAUCCGGAGAUAUUUAGAUUCGUUCUGGAUUAUUAUAGAACCGGAGAACUUCACCUACCAUCAAGCAUUUGUGGCCCAUUUGUGCGGAAGGAACUCAUUUUCUGGGGAAUCGAUGAAUCGCUUAUAGGACCGUGCUGCAUGCCAGCUUACAUGCGCUAUGAUGAGGAAAAACGGACAAAAAACACUCUCUUCCGGGACUGCUUUGAGGAUAUUGACUCGAUGCAAAAUUUGGUCAAGUACUCAAGGGGGUGGAAAAAGUGGCGUUACCAGAUGUGGCUGUUUAUGGAUCAUCCGAGUUCCUCACUUCCUGCGAAGAUUUGGGCCUCUUGCCUCCUCGUGCUAAUGAUUGCAUCAGUUAUGUGCUACUGCCUGUCAACCCACGAAGUAUUUCGAAUGCCUUCUGCAGUUUCUUUAGAAAACAACACAUUUGGACAGCGCUCAUCAUCGUUCACAAGGAAUAACUUGGCCACUUCAUUAACUACUUUGCAGCAAUAUCCGACAGCUCAAAUAGUACACCCUGGUGACUUACAAAUGUCGAAUAACGCCAACAAUAUUUCACUCCUGCCCACAAUUUUGGAGUUAAAACGGGUUGGAUCCAACUAUUCAGCACUCGAGAAUGAGUCCUCUCCACUCGCAAACAUUUGUGACGUUCCCGUAUCCGAAAUGAACCCGAAAUUGCUAAGAGACUGCUCUACUGAGCCCACUAAGGGCUUACUUCUAGCGGAUAUGACUCUUAACUGCUUAUUCACCGCGGAAUUUAUGCUCAAAGUACUACUUGCGCCAGACAAACCAAAAUUUUUAUCUUCCAUAGUGUCAUUGUUAGAUAUUAUUAUUUUGAGUAGUUAUUGGGUGUACAUGGCAUUGUUUCACUACAACUAUUAUUAUCCCAAGUUGGGGAUAAGAAACAACACCGAGUUGCGUAACCAGUUGUCUGGCCAGCUUUGGUUAAUGAACAUACUAUCAAUGACACAAGCGAUGCGCAUUUUACGGAUUUUUAAAAUCUCCAAAAUUUCCCGCAUUCUUCGGGUGCUCAUUCUGACUGUGAAAAAGAGCAUUCCAGAAUUAGUACUUCUGGGGUUUCUUCUAAUGAAUGGAAUGUUUCUUUUUUCUUCCCUUAUGUACAUGGCCGAGUAUCGUGUGGGUGACACAUUUCCAAACAUUCCCCAAUCGUUUUGGUGGUCCAUAAUCACUUUGACUGCCGUGGGUUACGGUGACAUGCAUCCAAAAGGAGGAGCCGGCUACUUCGUGGGGUCACUAACCGCUAUUUGCGGUUGCAUUGUUACUGGAUUGGCCAUACCCAUUAUCGGAAACAAUUUCAACACUUACUAUAAAUAUAUGAAAAACCAACUAAUGGAAGACAAAUACCUAGCAACGUUACGCAAAGAUAUGGGGUCCACCGGACAGCCGUGUACCAAAAGUGGAAUUGGAAGCGCUGCGGAGAAAAGUGGGCUGCCACUGCCGGGUAGAGCAUCUCGUCAAAGAAACCGUCGGACAGUGCGUGAGCACGCAGCUCAACGUGGGUGGCGCCAAAAGUUUAAUCGAUUGCUCCAUCUUCAUAACGUGCGGUUGCCAAUCAGAAAGGGGAUAAUGUUAUCUACCCGGGAUAGAUCAAAAUUGGAUCGACUAUCGGAGAAUGCAGUCAAGGACAAUAAACGAGUGUCGGUAGAUUGGCAGCCAGCUUUUCCAAACAAAGUAAGACUGAGCACGAAGUUGCAAGAUGAAGUGAAUGCUGAUGGUGAACUCUGUCCAUCUGCCAAGCCUCCAGUUGUCACUGUUUCCGGCCAACUUAGUGUGGACGCUUGUGAUCGCGAGCAGAGACCCAGCUUGGUGGACUUGUCUGAAGCCAGUAACCCACAUCUUUCUACUCUGUUACAUUUAGAUACACCACAAGUUCGAAUAGACGCAGAAGAGCGCGAAAAGUCGAUGUCGAACGGUGACUACAUAUGCAUGGUGGAAGGUCAGCAUGGAAUGAAGGAAGGGUAUCAAAAUGAAGUUGAACAGGAAGCUACUGCACAACAGACGUACCCGGCCUUAGCGGAAUCAAUGAUACGUCCAAGAAAUUCUUACCAAGAAAUCGACUUCAUUCCCGGAACAGACACAGGCCUCAACACCAUAAAACAGAUGAGAUAUCGUCACCGUUUCAGUAUAAAACAUUUGCAUUUACCGAACCCCGAUGUGUCCACCGGGAACAAAGUAAACAAAUUCAGCCAAAAUUCUAGUCUCGCUGUACAGCCGAAAAAGCGCAAAAAUUAUGUAUAGUUAUUUUGUCAUUUCUGGUCUAAAUGCCCUAACCUUCAUAUUAUAUCUGUCUCCUUAUUGAACAUGUAAAUAAAAUAAGGUGAACUUGAAUUUUC